AUGGAUUCGGAUGAAGAUGUUUGGAAAGCUUUAGAAGGAGGUCAUCGUGUGUUCAAAGGAUAUGAAGAUAGUGGGCAAGAUUGUGAAAUGCAAGGUCCAAGUAAGAGAGUUAAAACCAAUUUCAUCUCAAGACCUCGAAAAUCUAUGUCUAGAGGUUCUGUGUUGAAUAGCUGGUGGGAUCCUAAUGAAUCUUCAAGUCGAAAUUCUAUAUUUGAUGGUGCUUCUUCAUCAAACUUAAUGACACUCGAUGCAAUGGAAUCAGAGAGUAGUGAGUCUUCUGAAGAUGAUGAAGAUGUUAUAAUUGAGGAAAAUAAUGAGGUUUGUCAUAAGUUAACUUCAGUGAGUUUGAAGUAUUGUGGUGCCUUGCAUUGGUUUGCUGAAAGAGUUGGAAAUAGUAAGGCGACUAAUCCAACAAAGUUUAAAAGAAGCUUGGAUGGGAAAACUAAUCUAAUGCAAUCUUUGGUGGAAGAUUUACUUUCUAUGAUUGAUAAAUCCAAUGUCUUGGCUAAAUCGUUCCGGAUGGCUCGAGAUUUCAUUGUUGAAAACCCAAGUUGCAAUAUUUCAUUGAGAUUGUUUCGUCACCGGCCAAAAGACCCGAGGGUAUAUAAUUUGCCAACAGUUGAUGAGGUUGCAGCGCUUAUUGUAGGUGAUUUUGAUUCAACUGAUUGUGGUCGUGAUAUUGUGAUUAGUGAUAGUGAUGGAAAUUUGCAGCGAAUUCAUGAAACCCAUACAUCUUUUUUGCCAUUACAAUACCCAUUGUUAUUUCCUUAUGGAGAAGAUGGCUAUAAAGAAGAUAUUAAGUUUCGUGAUGAUGGGGAUAGGCGAGUUUUUAAAAAAAGAGUUCGUGUAUCCUUGCGUGAGUUUGUGGCUUUUAGAAUACAUGAAAGAAUUCAGGAGCAAUCUAUUAUUCUUCAUUCUAGAAGAUUGUUUCAACAAUUCCUGGUGGAUUGCUAUUCUAUGAUUGAGGCACAAAGGUUAUCAUAUGUGAAAGCUAAUCAAAAGACUAUUCGUAGAGAUUUCUUAGCUGGAUUAGAAGAAGCAGUUGAUAGGGGUGAUCUUGAUCCAUCACAUAUUGGCACAAGAAUUGUUUUACCAUCAUCAUUUACAGGUGGAAGAAGGUAUAUGUUCAACAAUUGUCAGGAUGCAAUGGCAAUUUGCAAAUUCUAUGGGUAUCCUGAUUUUUUCAUAACUGUUACAUGUAAUCCUAAGUGGCCUGAAAUACAAAGACAUGUUUCUGCAAAAGGAUUGAAUGUGUAUGAUCGCCCUGACAUAACAUGUAGAGUUUUUCAUGUGAAGCUUGAACAGUUAAUGGUUGGCUUGAAGAAAGGAGAAUAUUUCGGAAAAGUUUGUGCAGGUAUGUAUACCAUAGAAUUCCAAAAGCGUGGUUUACCUCAUGCGCAUAUAUUGAUUUGGUUAGCUCCGGGGUCAAAGUUAAACACGCCUGAAUUGGUUGAUUCUUUUAUUUCUGCUGAGUUACCUGAUCCUAUUUCAUGUCCAAAGCUAUUUGAUGUUGUUUCUACCUAUAUGGUUCAUGGCCCGUGUGGUGGUAGUCGCAAAAAAUCUCCAUGUAUGGUAAAUGGGCGUUGUUCAAAAUUUUUUCCAAAGAAAUAUGUUGAGAAGACCUCAUUUGAUGUGGAUGGUUAUCCUGUAUAUCGAAGAAGGAAUACUGGUGUGUCUUUUGAGAGACGAGGUGUUCAAUUGGACAAUGCCUAUGUUGUGCCUUAUAAUGCUAAGUUGUUGAUGAAGUAUCAAGCGCACAUUAACAUUGAGUAUUGCAACAAAUCCAACUGCAUUAAGUACUUAUUCAAGUAUAUUAACAAGGGUGUUGAUCGAGUAACUGUUUCCAUGAGUAACAAAUCUAAUCAUAAUCAAGAUGAAAAAGAGGUUCAAGUUGAUGAGAUUCAACAAUAUUAUGAUUGUCGUUAUUUGUCACCAUGUGAAUCUGCUUGGAGGUCUUUAUCUUUUGAUAUCCAUCAUCAUUGGCCUCCUGUACAACGAUUAACAUUUCAUUUGCCAAAACAACAAGUUGUUUUAUUUGGUAAUAAAGAGCGUCUUGAUUUAGUGGUGAAACGGAAGAAAAAACAAGAAACAAUGUUUACUGCUUGGAUGGUUGCUAAUAGCAAGUUUCCGCAAGGUAGACACUUGACAUAUGCUCAAUAUCCCCAAUUUUUUGUCUAUGAUCCUAAGUCUAGAGAGUGGCGACCAAGGAAAAAAGGUUUCUCUAUUGGCAGGAUGAACUUUAUUCCAAUUGGGUGUGGUGAGGUUUGUUAUCUGCGAUUACUAUUGAAUUUGCAAUGUGGAUGUACAAAUUAUAGUGAUUUGCGAACUGUAGAUGGUGUUGUGUAUGUGUCAUUUCAAGAAGCUUGCUUAGCAUUGAGGUUGCUAGAAAAUGACAAAGAGUUUGUUGAUGGCAUAGUUGAUUGUUCAGAGUUGUCAUCUGGGAGAGCAGCAAGGUUCCUUUUUAUGACGUUGCUAUUGUCAAAUUCAAUUGUAAAACCUGGAGAAGUAUUUGAGGAGACAUGGCGACUUUUAGCUGAUGGAAUUUUAUAUGAGAGAAGAAAAUUUCUGUGCAAACCAGAUUUGCAAAUGGAUGAUGCUAUGUUAAGAACUUUAUGUUUGGUAGAGUUGGAAAAAUUGUUAGUGAGCAAUGGAAAAAGUUUGAAGGAUUUUCCAACAAUGCCAUUUCCCAAUUCAAUUGAAGUUCCACAUUUUGAUAACAUUCUACUGUAUAAUGAGUUAAGAUAUGAUGUUGGUGAUAUGAUUAAGAAACAUGAUGAACAUGUUUUGAAGUUGAAUAAGGAACAGAAAAUGGUAUAUGACAACGUUGUUGAUGCAGUCAAUAAAUCAUGUGGGGGAUUUUUCUUUGUGUAUGGAUCUGGCGGUACUGGGAAGACAUUUCUUUGGAAUAGUUUGUCAUAUAAAUUUCGUGGAGAGCGGAAAGUUGUAUUAAAUGUUGCUUCAAGUGGUAUAGCAUCUCUAUUGCUUCCUGGGGGUAGAACUGCCCAUUCUUUAUUUGGUAUUCCACUUGUGUUAAAUGAGGAUACCAUUUGUAAUAUCAAACAAGGGAGUAAUAAGGCUGAACUUUUGAGACACACGAGUCUUAUUAUUUGGGAUGAGGCACCAAUGGUUAAUAGAUUGGCAUUUGAAGGAUUAGAUAGAACAUUGCGUGAUAUCAUGUUAAUGACUAAUCCUGGGUGUGUUGACAAGCCUUUUGGUGGUAAAGUUGUUGUUCUUGGUGGUGAUUUUAGGCAAACUUUGCCAAUAAUUCCUAAAGCAAGUCGUGAAGAAAUUGUUAUGGCAACAAUAAAUUCUUCAAGAUUAUGGAAGUUUUGCCAAGUUUUGAAGUUAACAGAAAACAUGCGAGUAAAUGAUGGGGCUUCUUUAGAUGAUGUAGAAUGUCGGGCAAGAUUUAGUAAGUGGAUUCUUGAUGUUGGAGAUGGCAAUCUUGGUGAUUACAAUGAUGGUGAAUGUGAUAUUGAAAUUCCUAAAGAUUUGUUGGUGGAAGCUGUAGGUGAUGGUGUAUCAAGUAUAGUUGAUUCAACAUAUCCAAAUCUUGAGUCAAAUUUUUUUCAUGAAAAUUACUUUGUUGACAAGGCCAUACUUGCUCCAACUUUGGAUAUUGUUGAUAGUAUUAAUCAAUAUGUGUUGUCUCGAUCACCUGGUGAAGAGAAAGUGUAUCUCAGUUCUGACAGUGUAGUGAAAGUUGAUGAAGAUAUGAAUAUCGAGGCUAAUUGGAUUACAAUUGAAUUCUUAAAUAGUAUCAAAGGUUCUGGUCUCCCAGAUCACAAGUUGUGUCUUAAAGUUGGAGUUCCAAUAAUGUUGAUGAGGAACAUUGAUGUUGCUCGUGGUUUAUGUAAUGGGACUAGACUUAUUGUUGACAAAUUACGUCCUAAUUUAAUCUAUGGCAGAGUUAUAAAUGGAAAUAGGGCUGGAUCCAUGGCUUAUAUACCUCGGAUGAGUAUUGUGCCCUCUGAUGGUGGCUUACAUGUUAAGAUUCAGCGAAGGCAAUUUCCUGUUUCUGUUUGUUUUGCAAUGACUAUUAACAAAAGCCAAGGACAAACUUUAGGCAGAGUUGGGGUUUAUCUACCAAGACCCGUUUUCUCACAUGGUCAGCUAUAUGUUGCUGUCUCUCGUGUGAAAACCAGAGAAGGAUUGAAGAUUUAUAUUGAAGAAAGUAGUGAUUCAUUGGUGAAUCAUACAAAGAAUGUUGUUUAUAAAGAAGUUUUCAAAAACUUAGGAUAAAUGUUUGAAAUGAAAGCAAGUGAUGUAAUGGCAUUCGAAUUUUAAUUUAUGAACGU